AUGGCGGACGCGCAGUCCAAGAAUGGCGUGCCAGCUGUCCCGCUUGUGAAUGAGACCCGACGAGAUCGUAGACACUCGCUUCCAGUGCUGGCGAGGCCAUCCGAAGAUUGUGUGCUGGCGCGUUCUUCGAGAGGAGAUAUUCGGCUGCUUGUUCACCAUGCUGCAAGUCCUGGGGACCGUUCGCCUUCAAAUACGUCCUGCUCGCUUGACGAGCAAGGCUCUUUUCUUCUCCCGUCUGUGGCGACAGAGGCAGAGAGCCGCUGCAGAUUGAUUAAGCAAAUGAGUGGAACGCUUGCGUUCACACUUGUCGCUGCCUUCGCGCUCCUGACUGCGAUUUUCGUCCUUGCUGGCAGGUGA